CUUGUUGUGUUUCUGUUACAUACUCAUCGCCAUCUUGUUGCAAACCCUUUUCUUGUCUGGAAGAUUCGCAGGGGAUCGGGGUGGGGGGUGGUUUGAUUCGGCAUUUUUACUGGGGAGAAGACAAGGAGAAGGAAACCCCCGUUUUUUGUUGUUUUUUUUUAAUUUAAACUCUCCAGGAUUUUGGAUCCUCCACUGAAAGGCAACCCAAGCGAUGAGCAUUGAGACGCUUUUGGAAGCGGCCAGAUUUCUGGAAUGGCAAGCCCAGCAACAACAGAAAACACGUGAAGAAAAUGAAAAGCACGAAAAGCUCCGCCUAGAAAGAGAACAGGAGCAGAAGAAGGCCAGCGUACAAAAGGUUAACAAUGCCUUUCACCCAGAGGACCCAAGGAACGAAAUCCCAGCAGUGCCCAUCUCUCCCCCUGCACCAGCUCCUCCUCCUCCUCUGCCGCCACCCCUAGCAGCCCCCAUAUCAGUCAUUCCCAUCCCCGUGGUCACUAGCUCACCUCAGCAAGCAGCCCAAACCACUCUGUCCCCUCCGCUCAUACAACGCCACCAGCCUCUCAUAAGCACUCCCAGCAUCAGCAAGGAAGUGUCCUCAGUUGCACCUGUUAUACAGAGACCAUCUGGCCCACUUCUUCCAGAUGUCAAGGCUGCUACGCCCCCUUCAGGUAGCCCCAAGCAGUUACCGCAGUAUGCAGCUCCAGUACUGGCCAUCUCUCAGCAUCACGUGGUUCAGCAGCCAAUACAGCCCCAGCCUCAACCACAUCAACCUCUGCAGCAGCACCAGGCACCGCCUCAGCAGCUCAAUGCUCUUAAGCUGGCCCCGGCAGAAGAUGCCAAACCAAAUGAGCAGAAGAAGAGACCUGGAGGGGUUGGGACCAGGGAAGUACAUAAUAAAUUGGAGAAGAACAGACGUGCACAUUUGAAAGAAUGCUUUGAGACGUUAAAACGCAACAUCCCCAGUGUUGAUGACAAGAAGACCUCAAACCUCAGCGUUCUAAGGAGUGCCUUGCGAUACAUCCAGACUUUAAAGAGAAAGGAGAAGGAAUAUGAACACGAGAUGGAGCGGCUGGCAAGGGAGAAGAUCGCUACCCAGCAGCGACUGGCCGAACUGAAGAACGAGUUGAGCCAGUGGAUGGACAUCCUGGAAAUUGACAGGAUUAUUCGACAGACAGUUCAGCCAGAGGAUGACCAGGCAUCUACCUCGACUGCAUCAGAGGGCGAAGACAACAUUGACGAAGACAUGGAAGACGACAGGCCCGUGAACUCAUUACCAAAACUAACCCAGCGCCAGCACCCCGAGCUACUGAAGGCUGUCCCUCCGAAUGCUGCUUCCCACCACCCUGCAGUCUUGCCUCAGCACCUGCCUCUGCAUCAGAAACAAACCCCACCCCACGCGCCGCCGCCCCUCCAGACCCAGGCACUGGUCCAGCCGCAGGCGAUCGUCCCCGCACAGACUCACAUCGUGGCGGCUUCGACGGUGCAAUCGACUGUUAUCGCCCACACCGCCACCACCCAUGCGUCGGUCAUCCAGACUGUCAACCACGUGAUUCAGGGUCCGCAGACCAAGCACAUCGCUCACAUAGCACCUUCCACGUCCAGCCCCAUGCAACUCACCACUGCUGCUCAGCCUAUCGGCCACAUCACUGUGCACCCGGCAACCAUAAAUCACAUGACCCACCUCGGCCAGCAGUUACCCAUUUAUCCUCAGCCUGUGGCCGUCAGCCAACCGGUUGUGAGCCACAUCGCUCACACGAUUUCUCACCAGCAAGUGAAUGGAACCACAAACCUAGGCCAGCAAGCGGUGAUGGCCAAACCUGCUGUAGGAACCCAAGUUGUCCACCAUCAACAGUUAGUUGGGCAAACAGUGCUAAACCCGGUAACUAUGGUCACCAUGCCAUCAUUCCCUGUGAGCACGCUGAAGCUGGCCUAGAACAGGAAGCCCACUGGCAAAGUCUUUGGCAGGCCACCUUUCCUGAAACUCCAUACAUUCCAACCACGUCCGAUUCCAAGGGAGAACAGUGCAGGAACUCUGUGAACAGGGGCAGAGUGACACACCUAAGGUUGGGACUGCCAAGUCCAUCCUUAAUCUUUUAAUAACCAACCUGGAAGUGGUAAUGAGAAACGGGGGCUUCUCGGCACUUGAAUUUCGCUAAUCAGAGAAAACUUUAAUGACAGUUGUUCAUAGUGAUUUUUUUUCCUUUUACGUGUAAUCAGUGAAAUAUGAAUAUGAUGUUCUUAAGACUUUAAUUUUUCCCUUUCAUGUGUUGCUUCUUUGUAGAAUAAAAAAGGCUGAUCUCUUUAUUGAGACAUUGCGUAGAAUGGGGAAAAAAUCAUAGAAGUCUAUAUUUAUAUGUAUAUGUAUCUGCCCAAAGCUACAUAUAUAUAAAUAAAUAUAACAGCGGAGAAGGCCUUUGGCAAGGUUGAUUGUUUGCAGGAUUAUUAGACAACUUAAAUGUUAAUUUUUGGAGGAAGAAAGCAGAGUGUCCUCUUUAAAAAAAGAAACUUUAAAGACAGAUGGUUUAGUGGACCAGGGUACAAAUAUUUGAUGACAAAUUAAAAAAAAACAUGUUAAAGGUAUUUCCCUUCAGUAUAUUACAUUUCAGUAAACCAUCUGAAAUCACUGUGACUUGUUAUGGCAUUUAAAGGAAAUUCUCUGUCCUGUUUAAUAAAAGGAAAAAGAAUACAC